ACCAUCAAUAGUAGAUUUCACGCGAUCUUAUUUAUACAUUUCCGAGUGUUGUGUUGCAUCAAGAGUACUGUUUAUGUCGCCAUUGUUAUUAGCAAAGUUUCUUGUCUAUGCUAUACUACAUAAACCUGUCACAAUAUGUGAGACAUAUUACUCAGGUAGGUGGAGGACGGAUUUUGCUUGUCAUUAAUGUCCACUGGCGGCAAGCACGUUUGCUUCUGAUGUAAGAAGAACGUCUAGUUAUGGACGAUAAUAGAGGCUUUAUUAGUAUAUAAUGUACCUUGUUAUAGCUGCUCGGAGUGAGAGAACAAGGAAUUAUUCAAUACAUUAAAUGCAGAAGUGAAUAAAAGUCUGAACGGGAGAAAUUUCUAACUUCAGCAAAAUCAACAGUCGGAGUUUCUGUCAAGUAUAUGUAAAACAAACAGCAAAAACACAUAUGCAAUAGUUAUUAAGAAAAACAAAAAGCUGAUAACAAGUCAUAUAGAUUUGGAUUUUGUGUCGAUUGUGUGAGAACGUAUAAUAUUAUAAGUUGUAGAUAUAAAUCAAAGAUCUGCCAUUCGCCACAUUGCAAUUAAACGAUUUUGUAAUAUCAGCGGAUGACCUUCGUCGUUCUUUUCUUCAUCUGACUGUGUCCUCAAAACAGGGCCCCAUGACGAACUAAUCCAUACACCACAGAAGAGAAACACAAAUCACAAUAGGUAUGGGGAAUGGCUGGUUUGACGCAUGGCGAGAUGAGGGGGAGCCUACAUAUUAUUCUGAGCUUACAAGUCCUGUUACUACGGAUGUUGCUAUCAUCAGCGUCGUUUUCGCCUGCGCCAUCAUUUCAGCGGCACUCUUAGUUGCCGUUAUCGGUACUAGAGGCACUGGAAAAUGGAAGACAUUUAUUAGAGUCAUAUACAGCUUAUUUAUAGGAAUAUCAAUCUUAUUGACGACAACAGGACAAGGGUGGCUGAACUCUACUGUGCAUACACAUCACGAGUAUAUGAUGAUGACCGACUGGGAGAUGAUGUCCGAUAUAUCUGUGAAACUUGGCCUGAACUGGGUCAACAUAACGCUGUCAGGCAGUAUAUCAAAUAAUCAAUCAACCCAACCUGUAUACUACAAUGAGAGAUUCAAAUGGAUAGGAGUGUCUCAACUCGAUGAGGAGUACCACGAUGGACUGAGACGUGGUCUUCCUGAUGCACUGCUGUAUAUAGCGGAGUAUUUCCAUUCGGACCAGGGCGGUAUUCGCUGGACAAGAAGCUUCCGAGAAGCUGGCUUUUAUGUCUAUAUUUUAUUAUGGGUUUCGUUUGCGUUCUGGGUAAUCUGCAAUAUUCUGUUGUGUAUGGCUGUCUUUUAUGGCGCCAUCAUGCUUGCGUUAAGUGGUGUCGUACUUAUCACUGCCAAUAUCCUCUACCAUAUAAGCCAACCGACGAAUGUGAUGGUCAUACCGUUUGAGGACGAUAUGAUGACGUUUGAGUAUGGCUGGUGCUUCUGGCUAGAGGCCGCCGCAGGUGUACUUGCACUGUUGGGUGGAAUAGGGAUUAUGUUGUUCGCCGAGGCUUUCCCUAGAACUGCUGCCAGGUUUUUCCUCAUCGAUACUUCGCAUUUAGACGAAAUGGUUACGUACUCAAUGGAUCAUCUAGAAAAAGAUAAGUCCAAAACUGAAUGGUAUACAAACAAAGGAUUUCUCCCCGAGCAAUACUUAGAAGACAUAUCUCGUGUGAGAACACCGUCAAUCUUCAAGGCGCCCAAUUCUGGGUCAUCUGAUAACGAUCCUCCAUCGAUGACUCUAGUUAAUGAGCGUAAAUUAAGCUCUCAUUCAAACUACUCUGAAAUGUCCGGAUUAAGUCAGGAAAGCCACAUCGGGGAGCAAUAUGUCCCUCAUGUACAGAGUAGGGCAAAUACGUCAUCACUACCAGCGUCAUCCAUCGAGGCGGGGUAUAAGGCAUCAGCUAACAGACGAGCGUCUAUGCACGUAGGGGAACUCGGUGCUCUCAACAUCAAAAGCCUCUUGGACCCGGAUACAACAGCGCCAAGAAGGAUGUCUGUGCCUCAUUACCUCCACCCACCUACACAUCUACUUACACCGGACUCUAGGAGAAAGACACAUAAACAUUAUGGAUCACACAGAUCCUUAAGCUCUGAUAUAGAUAAGAUUGAAGAAGGAAACUCCGAGGAAGAAGACCAGGUGAAUUCCGAAGAAAGCGAGGCCAUGAGCGCUCAAAAUGACAACGAAUCGAGGUCCGGUUCAGAAUCAAGACGCGGCUCUAAAUCAACCCUUGGGGCACCAUCCUAUGUUGAAACCAACGCGGACACUCUGUUUUAAAAAGAUUCAUUAUACAUAAAUGAUUGUUUUUGACUGAUAGUAUAUUUUUAUUACAAAAUGAAGUGUGGUAAACCACAAGAAAAAUAUAUCGAGAAAUAACAGCAUCUUAUACCCAUAAACAAGAGAUAGGAAUAAAGAAUAAAGGACUAUUUCAACUUUCAUUUUGAUAUCAGUUGCUUGGUGCCAACUUUACUCCAGAUUUACCAGUGACAUUAAUUAUAUUUUAUAUAUUAAAUUAUUGUUAUAUUUAACACACGUACAUGCAAUCAUUUUCAUUUUGUAAAUUCUCAGUUUUAUCACAUUGAGGUUGUGGUACCAAGACAAAAGCUUCGUCUAAGCUAUCCUCCACACGAAAGAGGUCA